GGGGGCGGGCGGGGCCAGCGGCCCCGCACUACAAGUCCCAGGCUGCCCGGCCCGGCCCGGCCCGCGGUUUCCUUCCUGUGCGGCGGGAGCGAAGAUGGCGGCGUUGAGCAAGAUCGGCGCCUUCCUGAAGGACAUCUGGGCCAAGGAACCCGUCAUCACCGUCUCCUUCGCCAUCGGCAUCCUGGCCACGGUGGCGCCCCUGCUCAGCCCCUACACGAAGUUCUCCGGCAUGAUCAACCGAGCGACGCCCUACGUCUACCCAGUGCCCGUGCGAGAUGACGGCAAGAUGCCCAACAUCCCCUCCCACCCCUGUGAUAAGGAGGGGCCCAGCUUGGACUGGCUGAAGAAGCUGUGACAUGGCCGGGGCCCUGACGUGCUGGCUGCAGAGGGAGCCUUCCCCCUGGGCUGGGUCAGCGCACUGCCCCCUGCUGGCUACAGGGGGGUGUGGUUCUCUCCGCCUCCCCCCAUGGAUGUAAUAAAGGUUUUGACUUAAGGAA